ACAAAAUAUUACAUAUAGUAACUCGAAAAUAAAAACAAAUUAAAAUAAGACGAUGAUGAAGAAGAAGAGCAAGAUGAAAUAUGUUGACAUGGAGGAACAAGUGCCGCUCGAGCCGAUGAGCCCGAGCGCGCAGUACUUGAAAAGCUCGGCGUUAUCGCUCACGAUUCUCGCAGUUCUUGAAUUGCAGCACCCCAUGGAAGAUUCCAUAGCUAUUAAACUCGUGAAAGAAGUUUUCUUGCCUAUCAAUCCACGUUUUUCUUCUAUCAUGGUGGCGGGCGGAAACGGGGAGAAGAAAUGGAAGAGAGUUGAGGUGAAUGUUGACGACCACAUCCACGUGCCUGUUUUUCCGGCGACGGAGACGGGAUACCACGACGAGUUUUUCGGGGAGUAUUUCUCCCGGAUGGCGGCGGAGGAGCUCCCGCCGGACCGGCCGCUGUGGGAAAUACACAUGGUGAAGCACCGCACGAGGACCGCGGCGGAGAGUGUGGUGUUCAAGCUGCACCACUCUCUGGGCGACGGCUACUCUUUGAUGGGUGCGCUUUUGUCUUGUCUGCAGAGGCUCGACGACCCUUCGAUUCCGCUCACGUUUCCCGCCGGAAAAUUCUGCGUCGGCGGCGGCGGCGGCGGCGGUGGUGGUGGUGGUGGUGGUUGUUCGGUUUUGCGACGUGUUCGUGGGUUUUUUAAGGGGAUGGUUAACACGGCUAGUGAUUUUGGGUGGAGUGUUUUGAAGAGCAGUUUGAUUGAAGAUGAUGAAUCUCCGAUCAGGUCCGGCGAGGAUGGGGUGGAGUUCCGGCCGAUCGUCACCUCUACCACCACCUUCUCCAUUGAUCAGAUCAAGGAAAUUAAAACUAAGCUUAAUGUGACAAUAAAUGAUGUGGUUACGGGUAUAAUUAUGUUGGGCACACGUUUAUACAUGCAAAAAGCAAGCCAAAUUUCAAGUGAAGCAAAAUCAACAGCCCUAGUUUUGCUAAACACUAGGGCAGCCGCCAGGGGAGCCGGUUAUAAAUCAGUGAGUGAGAUGGUUGAACCGGGUUCAAAGAUGCCAUGGGGAAACCGGUUCGCCUUCUUGCAUGUGCCUAUACCUAAAUUGAGUGACGUGGAGCUACAGGAUCCGCUCAUUUUUGUUAAGAAAGUCCAUCGGACGAUCAAGAAACGAAGAAACUCAGCUGGCAUUUACUUGACCGGUCAACUCCUUGAUCUUAUAAGAAAAAUCAAAGGUCCCGAGUCAGCAUCACGAUACAUACAUGGAACACUGAAGAACACAAGCAUGGCAAUUUCGAAUUUGAUUGGUCCAAUCGAACCAAUGGCUUUGGCUAAUCAACCUAUUAAUGGCUUAUACUUUGCUGUCGCUGGACCUCCUCAGAGCCUAUCGGUAACAAUCGUAAGCUACGUGGGGAUAUUAAGAAUCGCAAUGACUGUGGAGAAAGGUUUCAUGGAUCCAAACAAGUUAAAGUCGUGUGUCGAAUACGCGUUCGAGGCUAUCUACAAAGCCGCGCUUCAAACCUCGGAUGCUCCUACAAAAUCAUAGUAUUAUAUUUAUGCCUUCUCAAAAACUCAUAUACUAUGAUAAUUAUUCGGUCCUAGUAAUUUUCUGUUUUGUUGCUUUUGUAAUGGAAUAAAAAAAAAAUUAAAUGGAGUGUGUGUUUGCUAGUUAUUUAAUUUUAAUCAAUAUUCUUUUUUAAAGAGGAUAGUUCCUCAUUUAUUGAAUUGUAAACUUUUUAUUCAUA